AGAUGGCGAAAGUGUGAAGGUGAAACAUGGCGGCAGUCUUAGUUAGUAAGUUAAUGAUAAAUAGCUUAACACCGAAAUACUUUGGAAUUUGCAGAGCGUUAAGAUCUGUAGAAUGGCGGUUAUCACCAUUUCGUUUUUCCAAACAUUGGAUUCACAGAAGUUUUCAGUGUUUAGGAGUAAAAGGACUAGAAAUAAAGAUGCCAUCACUUUCCCCAACUAUGACGGAAGGAACUAUAAUCAAGUGGAUGAAAAAUGAAGGAGAUUCUGUAAUGGCAGGAGACCUAAUUUGUGAAAUUCAAACUGAUAAGGCUGUCGUUGGAUAUGAAGUAGAUGAUGAUGGAACUCUCGCAAAAAUUCUGAUUCCAGCAGACACUAAGGACAUUAAGGUUGGGACCUGUAUUGCUUUGAUGGUCAGUGAAGGUGAAGACUGGAAGGAUGUAGAAAUUCCUGAUGUAGGAACUCAAGACACAUCUUCAACCAGUGAAACAACAACAACUGUUAAAACAACAGACCCUGAACCUCCCAGGAAACUUGCAACUUCUCCAAAGGUCUCUAAGCUAAGUAUGAUAGGACCUGCAGUAAGAGGAUUACUUGAGCUUUACGGACUUGAAUCUAGUCAAGUACCUCCUUCUGGUCCACACGAUAACAUUAUAAAGGGUGAUGUACUGGAAUAUAUAAAGAAGCAGAACUUGAAACCUAAGGCACCAACAGAAACCAGUCCUGUAGUUAAAGCUACUUUGCCCCCUCGGAAAAUGAUGGCACCCCCUAGUGGGAGGGAAGAAGAGUAUGUAGACAUCCCAUUGACUGAUUCAAAGUCAACUAUUGCCAAUGCAUUAGCAUGGUCUAAGAAAACAAUUCCUCAUUCUUACAUGAAUAUCGAUUGUUAUAUAGGAAAAUUGAACGAAUUGUGCAAGAAAUUUAAAGAUGAAGGUGUCGAGGUGACUGUUAAUGAAUGUAUCAUUAAGGCUGUUGCUGCUACUAUACAGUCUGUUCCAGAAGUCAAUGUAACCUGGACUGGAGAAAGUGUACAGGUGCUGCCAUCUAUAAACAUUUCCUUCAAUGUGUCCACAGCAUUUGGAAUGGUCACCCCAACUCUGAGGAAUGUCAGCAGUAUGGGUAUUGAAGAUAUAGUAGAUAGUGUAAAGGAACUGUCGGAUAAAGCUCGUAAAGGGACACUUGAGCCACAUGACACUACUGAUGGGUCAUUCAGCAUCUCCAGUGUAGACGUAGAGGGCGUGAGAGAACUAAUUGACAUAGUUAACACCCACCAAGCAGCAAUCUUGGGAAUCGGAUCAACACAGCUUGGUCUUGGUGAGGACGGACAACCCGAAGCCACGAUCACCGUCUCUUUGUCGUAUGAUGGACGAGCUGUAGAUGAUGAAGUUGCCGCCAGAUUUCUCCAGCUACUCAGACAAAAUCUGGAAAAUCCUUUGUUGAUAAUAGCAUCCCCUCCAUCUAAUCAAAUAUCAGCGUCAAUUCUGUAGCACGUUGUUUUGGGAUUCAUUCAAAGGAAUGUAAAGUAAUCUCAGAUUUAUAAAUACUUGAUCACAUCAGCUGCUUGUGGUAUACGAAAACCUGAUUCAGGUGUCUGUCACAUUAUAUUCUGUACCUAUCGGGUCAGAUAUGAUUUCAUUGUUUGAAGAAAUAGUUAAUCUAAACUUAGGAUUUUGUUGUAUUAAGACUAACGUAUUUUCUGUAUGCUAAGAUGAAAAGAAAUGACAAUCUCUUUCCAACCCUUUCCCAUCUAAUGCUGUCCUCUGAGUAAAUCUAUCAGACAGUUAAUGUGUAAAAUAAUUGAAAGGAGAUGUUCGUAAACAUAAUUAGUGAACUCUGAGACAGUGUCUUGAAAGCUACUAAUCAGUGUAAAUAUAAGCCAAACAAGGAGUAACAUAGUGUAGUAUACUGUUUCAACUUUCAGUUAUCAGUUGUUCCUAGUUGUGGUGGUGUUGAAGGGAUUAAUAAUUGAAGAUAAUGCUAACAGUUUGAUUUUACGUGUAUAGUUGAAUUUAUAAAUUUUGAAGUUAACACUUGAUUUAAAACACGUUUUUGUAAUCAAACUAACAAGAUUAAUUACUGCAUGUUUCCAUAAUACAUAACUCUCUCUAACAUUAUAUGGUCCUUCAGAAUUUGCCAAGAGUUUUUGAGGUAUCCAGAUGUGCUUAUCAUUUAACUUCACUAUUAACUUAUAAAAAUUAAUUAAAAAAAAAGUAAAAUACAAAAUCUUAAAGUUUACCUUAAAUAUUUAAUCAUGUAAAAGUUUUUUUAAAGGUAAUUCAAAAUUGGCAACAGUAGAAUAUUUUUGGUGUUGUAAUUAAUGUAGCUAUAGAUUUAUUUCUUUUGAACAGUUCAUAUCCUGUUAAUAUUAUUGUGUUUGCUACACCUGAUUUUUAGGUCUAAAGGCUAGUCAUUUUCCUUGUAGUUUCUUAAAUUGGUGAUGAAAAUCAAAACCAAUCUUUCCUAAAGUUUCGGAUAUUCAGUUAUUUUGGUACAACUUGAAAGAUAUAUUAUUUAAACACAGUUCAUUAAAGAAUUGUGGUACAGAAGUGUUUUAUAAAAUAAAAGAUAAUUGGUAUUUUACAGUUUUGUAAACAACGUUUAACAUUAUGAUUUUUUUUUGGCUAUUAUAUACGUGAUUGUUAGAAAAUACUUGAUGGAAAAAUAUGUACUGUUUGAAAACUUACAAAUACAGGGCGUAAUACAAUUGGACAUUUUUUUUAUUAAGACAAGAAGGAAUGCAUCACCAUAAUUGUUCACAUUAUCAUAGAAUUACCUAACUUUAUAUUCAUAUAUUUAUGUGACUUGUUUCGUAUUUCAAGCAAAUAAUGUGAAAUAAGAUAUUUUAGUAACACUCUAGAGUCAAAAGUGAAUUAUUACAAAUAAUGUCUUACAUUAAGUUUCUAAAGCCCCCUCAGUAAGUCUGUAGGUUUAUAAUGCUUGAAUUUUAGUUUUGAUACCAGCAGUAGGCAGAGCACGGAUAACUUAUUAUGCAGCAUUGUGCUUUCCAAAAUCCUAGAAUCUUUGGCAAGUAUUCAAGUAUUUUAACUUAGUUGUUUAUGGAGUAGAGCAUCAUAUUCUUAAUUUAAAAACGUGUGUAUUUCUUCAGUUUUGGAUUGGAUACUUAUGGGCAUUGUGUCACAUUUCAAGUCAAUAUUAUUGAAUGGAGUAUAUUGCAAGCUUUGUAAAAUGUAUGAUUACAUAGAAAAAUUUUCUUGUUUUUUCCUGUUUGAAAUCAUUCUUCUAUGCAAGUUAAAAUAUUUUAACACAUUGUUUGUGCUGAAAGUUAACACCUCUAGAGGAUCACUCUGGGUCAGACAGUACUCUAAGAAACACAAUAUUAUUUCAUAAGAAUUAUUUCAAUAAUUAUUAUCACUGGAGAGAAGAUUGAUCAGUUUAAUUUGGAAGUGCAUGUUUUUCCAUAAUUUAGAAAAUGCAACUCAAAUAAAAAAAAAAGAAAAACUUAAACAGGUGCUAAAGGUACUGUUUAUAAAGCGCGCACACACACACACACACACAAUAUAUAUAUAUAUAUAUAUAUAAAUGAAUUAUAUCAAUAUCACCAUUACCAGUUUGCCCCUGAUGGAGUAAGGUCCACAUUUCAAUAGUCCUUGAAUUAUAGGGUUUCGUAUUUUUGUCUUAAAUGAUUUUUUUAAACCUACUUUUUCCUAACAUCAUCUAUGAUAAGAAAAAAGAUGUAGGAGAGAUAAAGGAAAAGAAUUUCACGUGUAUUUUUAACAAACUGUCAAAAGGACAAUUUGUUAUUAAUAAAUAUAUUUUGAAAAAAGUAAUAAAUAUCACAAACUGGCAACUUUUCUGGACUUACACAACUUUUUUCCUGAGACCCUAUUUACAAUGACUAAAGUAUAAUAAUCUCUUUAAAAAAAAACCUCUAAUAAUAAAACAGUUAAACAUAUUUAAAAUGUGUACAUAACAAAAUGUUUGAUACAUUUUUAAACCAAGAACACUAAAGAUUAUAAUUAUAUCACAAGAUCUGAUGUUACCAAGCAUCUGUUUUCAAACUGAAUAACCUCAAAGUAAUCAUUCCAGACUGUUAACUUUAUUUCCCAAUAAAGCUGUAUCAUGCAACUAAUGCUAUGAAUUUAACCACAGUUUAAUGGUCACAAUUAUAGGAUUUGUUUUAGCACAAAGAUGCAUAAUGACCUAUCUGAAUUGUGUCCAUCUCAAGGAUUGAACACUGGAUUCUAUUGUUUUAAGCCCUCAAAGUUACUGCUGACCUACCAAGGGACGACAGAUAUUACAAAUAUGUGAACUUUCAUUUCCUCGAACAUUGUGUUCUGUAGUUUCAUUUUGAGUUUACUAACUGAUUAUAAGUAUUAUUUUAUUACAAGUUACACUUUUACAGUAAGUAAGAUUUGUUUUUUUGAACAGGUACAACGUUUCAAUCACUGGUGCGAUCAUUCUCAAGUACACAAGUUUUGAUGGUAAAGAAGAUUUUAGCGUAAAACCUAAUACCUUACGCUAAUACCUUCUUUACUAUUAAAACUAUUAUAAGCUUGUCAGUAGCUAGUAGUACAUCAGCAACAAUUAUCUUAAUGUUUUGAUUUACCCAUUUCACAUUUGCACGCAUAUAUAAUAUAUAUAUAUAUAUAUAUAUACACAAAAAUUUGAAUUUACAAAACUAAGUGUGUGCAACAUGUGCAGAGUUACCUUGAAACAAAAGUAAUAUUGAAACUGUUGUAUAGUUUUCCCUCUAAUUGUGCAACAAGUUAACAUCUGAAAUUUAAAAGAUCAAAACAAAUUAUGAUUAAAACUUAAUUCAUUUUCGCAGCAACUGUUAAACCCAAAGGUGUUUUAACAAAUUACGCACGAGUAAUUUCUGUCCACAUUUAAGAACUGCUCAUAUCAAAGGUUACCCUUAUGCACAAAGGUUACCCUUAUGCAUCCUCCUACCAUUACCUUUGUUUUAAACUCACUCAUAUGAAGAAAUGUUUAGAAAAGAAAGAUUUAGUAAUAAUAAACUAAUAAGCAGUAUACCUCAUGAAUGUUUCUAAAUUGUUUUGUUACAUUUUAUUGUAUAAUCAAGCGUUGUACAUUGUUCAAGUACUAAAGAAAUCAGUAGGAAGUUAAUAAAACAUUAAAA